AUGACGCGGCGCAAAUGUGCGGGAUAUAACUACGAUCUCAUCUUUGUACCCAUGUCCAAAACGGGGUCCCGCGUCCGCCAUGGCGACGUCUCGAAGAAGUCUCCAAACAACAAGGGCGAUGCCCGCGCCGAGGCACGGCGCCGGGCGGCCCUGAAAGCGGAGGCUCAUCAACAGAGUCCAGCCCGCCAAGAUCAUCACGCUUCCGCCCUGUACCCCAUCAGCCCGUCUCUGCACUGGCCGUUGCAGCACAUCAUCCUUCUGUUGAUUCAGAACUUUGCCCCGACACUGCACCCAGACGUUAUAGACCUCGACGCCGCAUUCUCUCCGCCCCGGAUAUGCGGUUCGUGGGUGGAACUGCUGCCGGACAUUGCCGACACGCCCGAGCAUGAGGUCACCAUUGCAGCACCGGUUCGGACGCUUGCCAUGUCGAUUCUCGCGCGGGGUUAUCACGGCAUCGCGCCGAUGGGUGACGCCUUGACGACCCAUUGCACGGCGCUGCGCUCGGUGAACCGCGCGCUUGUCCAUGCCAACCAAGAAAGCACAAAUGUUCUGACGGCUGCAGUCAUGUGCCUCAUGAUCUCAGAGCUCAUCCUACCACAAUCGGACGCAAGCACCUCACAAACUCAUGUCUUGGGGCUGCAGGCCCUUUUGAAGCUUCAAGGCCCGGCAUUUUAUGUCUCCGGCCAGGCACAUAGGCUAUUCAUCGGCCUUCGACCAGCCAUGAUUGUGCAAGCCAUUUGCACCCGCAACCCGACCUUCCUCGCGGAGCCUACCUGGAAGACAGUGCCCUUCAAACUCAUAAAACCAGCCCCUCUCCAUCAGCUGAUGACCAUUGCGGCCGAUUUGCCCGGUUUGCUGCGCGAGUUCGACCACUCCAUGGUCGGCAACCCACAUGGGAAGAGCGUUGGGCCUCAGCCCCGAAAAGUACUGUCAUCACACCUGGAGCUGCUCCAUGUGCUCGAGAACUGGCACAACAACUACUACGAGCAGCUGGAGCAACCCUCGUAUUGGCAUGCCGACCGGAAAGACCACGGGCCUUGCCUUUGGUUCUUAGACAUCACCGUCGCCAAUUGCCUAACCCACUACUGGGCGCUGUGGAUAAUAUGUGUCACCAACAUACGCCUACUCCGGGCCACAUAUCCCGACCUUGGCGCCUUAGCGAUGUUGAUCGGAGGAGACGUGCCCGAGAGUACCACCGUCACCAAGUGUCUCCGCGAAAUCGCCAUUUCGAUACUGGAAAGCGUAAACUACCUGAUGCAGGACGACAUGAAGCUUUACGGAGCGACAUCCUUGAUCCUUCCGCUACAGACGGCUUUCCAGCACUUGAGAUCCCACCACCCUACGGAGAAGAGCUUAAUAGAGGCUUGCGACAACUCGAUCGACUCGAUCGAAGGCAAAGGCUUCCACUACAUUGGACAUUUUUUGAGGGCUACGUGUACCGGAUAA